GUCGUUCGCCUACUUUUCCACUGGAUUCUCGGAUUUUCGGUUCUGCUCCUGACUGACUAACAGACUGACCGACCUGGCCUGUGCUGUGUUUUGGUGGAAUUGUUGUUGUAGGUUCCUACACCACUUACAUUACAACACACAGCAACCCUGCUCGGCUGAUGAUGUGUUGCUAGCGGCGGGUUAUUCAUUUUUCACGUUCUGCUCCUCCUUCUGGCGUGCAGAGGGUUGAUUCUUCGUCAGCUUCUGGUCACCCCACUCACUAGUCCCGGAGUGUGUAUGAAGAGCUGAUGUGCCGUGCUCUCUGCUGUGUGAAGAAAAGUGGAAAAAUCGGGUGUGUUUCAGCAGAUUAACUUUUUCGGAUCGCAGAACGAUUUUGGUGUUUCUGGGACUAUUCAGAUAGUUGAAUGGUGUGAAAUAUUGUUAGGAAACUGGUACAGAAUAAGUGAAAUAAAUUUGGAUGAUUUUUUUCUAUUGAAGGUGCAUGUGCAAGAAUCUUAUGAAUAAUUGGGUGUCGGAUUUUCACGUCCACCCAGUCAUAGAGUGCGAAAAAGAAAAUUCUUGUGAAGAGUAAUUUUUCCCCGUUUCCAGAUUGCUGGUUAAAGCUACAUUUCCAGUGGUUUAUUUGAGUGAUAUAAGUGUUCUGGUUUAUUGAAGAUCGAUGAUACGCUAAUCAGACGAAAUAAUUGGAAUAAAUAGUUAAACGUGGAAAAUCGAAAAUCAAGUGUACGAAGAAAAAGGAACUUAGCAGUAAGGUCUGUGAAAAUCCUCAUACACGCACACUAGCACAGCGUCAAUCGAAUCCCAGCAGGCGAAAAUUCAGCCCUAGAGCCCAACACGAACAAGACGCAAUAUCCAAGAAGUGGUGUGCGAAAAAGGAUUACACCGUGUGCACGGAAUUUGUUCAUGUUUGCCGUCUCUCACCUAGUGUCGUGAAAUUUUCUCACUGAUUGCUGCUCCGUUCAUCACGUUGUUCGGUGGUAUUUGCUCACCAGUUUUCCCGUUUUUCCUGCUCUCUCUCGUGAAAAUCGCAGUAGCCUCAUCUGAGUAGCAACGUGAGAGUGUCCAACUAGCCUAUACUAUAUACACUAGUGCGAGUGUUUCAAAAGCAGCCCUGUAAUGUGAUCGCCUUAUAGUAGGCGCAGCAAACAAGGAUCCGUGUUCGUGAAAAGUGUUCAAGUGUCGCGUGGUUGCUGAGUUUCCAGCAAAAGGCAACGAUUACCUAUUACCUAUCUAGAGUAAUAGUUUAGUACACCGAGUUAGUCGACCAGCAGUGGAUUGUUGCUCACUCAAUUGUGUUCUCUUGCUGAGUUUCUCUCGGGUUCGACCUUUGCUCAAUUUUGCCCCAAAAGAAGAGAAAAAAGGAUUUAAAAUUCAACAUCCAUUCGUGGUAUAAGAAGUGGAAAAAUAGCUCCAGAGACCCUCAGAAUCGGGUGUUACUGCAAAAGGUGACAUUCCGGACGCCAAAGUGAGUGUCUGUUUGUGGGCGAAAGAGAAUUCGAAGGUGGUUUGUGACAUUCGACGACCAAGUGUACUACUCACGAUGCGACGGAUCGCCUAAGCCCAGUGCAAUGAUGACGAUGCGUUAGGCUUUCGCCCAGUGACUAUGGGAUCAGAGGCAUGGGCAUGUGCGUGGACCCUGGGGCCUUCCGGUGGUGUCAGGCAUUGAGCCGGUCGCAAUCGCUAACCACAACAGGAGCAGCCACAGCAACUGCGAGAACUUCGGUCGCUUCGUCGACUUCCGCACCAUCGUUGGCCGUAUCGAGUCACGGCAAUUGUAGCAGCAAUAGCAACAGCAACAGCAACAGCAUCAACAGGAGACCACACAGUCCGUGCAGUAGCGCCAGGGAGGAUUCCCUCCAUCAUCAGUAUCCGGGCAUUGUUCCAACUGUUAGUAGCCAGCAGGUCAGCUCCGGCAACUAUCGGCAGUUGUCCAGUUUUCACAAUGCCAAGGUACGCCGAAGUCUAAACGCAACAAUAUUCAUCAAGAAGAAACAGGCGGCAACAGAUUCUAAAUCACAACCAGCCAGCAGCAGCAACAAAUGUGGCGGCAACAGUAACAACAGCAACAAGAACUACUUCUACAACCAGUACAGUAGGGCGAAUAAUUAUAGCGACACCGGCAGCAGUUGUAGUGUAAGACAUAGUAGCAGUAGCAGUAGAGACGCGACUUCGAAUAGUAGUAAUCUUCUUCAUAGCACCAGUAGUUUAAGUAUCGAAAAGGCCCUAGCGGCGGCGGCAGUGGCGAGUCGAACUACUCAGCGGCGGCGGAGUAAUAAUCUUAGUCUAACUAGCACCAACAAAUUGAGCGAAAACUAUAGCUGCAGUGCAGCGGCGUUGAACUGGCUGAUUUCAUCGUUUGUCCUACUGCUGUGCGUCUCGUUAUGCACUAGCUCGAUCGUUCCACCUGCCCCCCAGGAUGCUGUCCACAUCACCGCCAUCCUUGGCGAGAGCGUCGUGUUCAACUGUCACGUCGAGUUCCCCGGCGAUCAUCCCGUUCCCUAUGUCUUGCAAUGGGAGAAGAAGGUGAGCGAAACGGGCCAAGAGAUUCCAAUCUACAUCUGGUACGAGAGCUAUCCGACUCACAGCGGCGAGGGAUACGAGGGCCGGGUAUCGCGGGUAUCACCGGAUUCGAGCUUUGGCGCGGCCUCGCUUAAUCUGACCAACAUCCGGGAAACGGACCAGGGCUGGUACGAGUGCAAGGUAGUGUUCCUGAAUCGGCCGCCGAAGCAGCACAAGAACGGCACCUGGUUUCAUCUGGACGUGCACGCGCCACCCCGCUUCAGCGUUACGCCGGAGGACAUCAUCUACGUUAAUUUAGGCGACUCUAUCAUACUCAACUGUCAGGCAGAUGGCACCCCCACGCCGGAAAUCCUCUGGUACAAGGAUGCCAACCCCGUGGAUCCGUCUUCUACUGUUGGCAUCUUUAACGACGGUACCGAGCUACGGAUUAGCACGAUCCGGCACGAAGACAUCGGCGAUUACACGUGUAUCGCGCGCAAUGGUGAGGGACAAGUCUCCCAUACUGCCCGUGUUAUAAUAGCGGGCGGCGCUGUAAUCAUGGUGCCGCCCACUAAUCAAACGAAACUGGAGGGAGAGAAGGUGCAGUUCACCUGCGAGGCAAAGGCGAUGCCCGGGAACGUGACCGUGCGAUGGUUCCGCGAAGGUUCCCCGGUACGGGAAGUGGCCGCACUCGAGACGCGGGUCACCAUCCGGAAGGACGGCUCGCUCAUCAUCAACCCGGUCAGUGCCGACGAUUCCGGCAUGUACACGUGCGAGGUUUCGAACGGCAUCGGUGAACCACAAAGUGCUUCGGCUUUUUUAAAUAUAGAGUAUCCUGCCAAAGUGACCUUCACCCCAACAAUACAAUACUUACCGUUUCGUUUAGCUGGUGUUGUACAAUGCUAUAUAAAAGCAAAUCCUCCUCUACAAUAUGUAACAUGGACCAAAGAUAAAAGAUUACUGGAACCUUAUCAAACAAAAGACAUAGUUAUAAUGAACAAUGGUUCGUUGUUGUUCACUCGGGUCAACCAGAACCAUCAGGGACGAUACACCUGCACGCCGUACAACGCGCAGGGCACCCAGGGAUCAUCCGGCCACAUGGAAGUGCUGGUGCGGAAACCUCCGGCCUUCACCGUUGAACCGGACCCUCUGUAUCAGCGGAAGGUUGGCGAAGCGGUCGAAAUGCACUGCGAUGCCCAGGAAGCCGAGGGAACGUCCAAGCCAACGAUCACUUGGCAAAGGCGAGACGGCCAACCGUUGCAGAAGAACCGAGUCCGUAUCAUGAACGGUAACAUCACAAUCGAAAACCUACGGCGAUCGGACUUCGGUUACUAUCAGUGUGUGGCCUCGAACGAGGUGGCCACCAUAGUAUCGGCCACUCAGCUGGUGAUCGAGGGAACGCAACCCCAUGCGCCGUACAAUCUGAGCGGCACGGCAACGGAAUUUUCCGUGACCCUAUCGUGGAUGCCUGGAUACAGCGGAGGACCGGACUACAAACAAGACUACACCAUCUGGUACCGGGAGGCGGGCGUAUCGGAUUGGUCCACCAUUCCGGUGACGCCAUCCGGAAGCACUCAGGUCACCAUCAACCGACUCUCACCGGGGACGACGUACGAGUUCCAGGUGAUCGGCAAGAAUGCCCUCGGCGAUGGGAUGAUGAGUAAGGUGAUCACUAUACGGACGUUAGACAUUCUAAAUUAUCACAAUAUUUUGUUUCCGACCGAUUCGACCGGAUCAACCUUCUUUCCGCCCGUUUUCCGACCCACAGGACCUAAACCAGGGCAGCCGCGAAACGUGUCCGUGCUUGAAAUCCCAAAUGGGUUCCUGAUCUCGUGGCAGGUUCCACUGGAGCGGCCUCACCUAGUGCAAUUCUACACGAUCAAGUACCGGACGGAUGCCCAGUGGAAGACGCUGAAUCGAGGCCAAAUUCGACCGGAGGAAACAUCCUACCUGGUGAAGAACCUGGUCGGCGGUCGGACGUACUACUUUCGGGUGUUGGCCAACUCGCUCAAGAGCUACGAAACGAGUGAGGAGAUCAAGUUUCCGGUGCCUGCCCGUGUCAAACACAAAGCCAUCACGGCCGGCGUCGUCGGCGGUAUUCUGUUCUUCAUCGUGGCCAUCAUCCUGUCGAUCUGUGCGGUCAAGAUCUGCAACAAACGCAAGCGGAGAAAACAGGAAAAAGAACUCAACAUGGUAACAGCGCGGAUCACGGACCGCAACGCCCUAAGCCAGCAUCCACCGGUGCCUUUGCGAAGAUAUUUACAAGGAAAAAGUAAAACAAGUCGAAUACCCGGAUUGAACAUUCUGGUUGCCAUAAUGCACUGGAUUUGGCCACCUGGUCGUUGUCAGAACUGCGACAGUAUUUACUCGAAUAAGAUUUCUGGAGAUGGAGCGGGGAAGAAUCUGGGGCAGAUUCAUCGGGCGGCGGAUGGUCGCUUUGUACUGACUCAGGACACCGUGGAUGGGAUAGUAUCGAUAAGGAAUAGCAUAGUUUCGUACUACAGUAGCAGUGACGAUGGAGGGUUCUUGCCGAAAAGCAUUUCGAUGACGAGGGCAUCCUGGAGGCGACCGCUCGUUAGUUGUCCGAGUCAGUUGAGUUUGCGGACGGAGGAUGGAUUCUUGGUGGCGGAACCUCAACAGCCUGUUCAAUCUCUGUACACAAAUACGAUGCCAGAGAAUUUACAUAUUAGCACAAUAAGUUCCAGUGUGCCGAUGGCUACGGUGACUCAGUCGCUGUACACGACGCCUUCAAGGAUUUCGAAAGUGGUGGCCAGUUCACCGGCUACGUCAAGUCCACAGGUGGUGAACUCUCCAUGGUCGCCACUUUACUUCAGUGAUCUCAGUUCUGUUCAUCAUCUAAGCUCAGCCGAUCGGUCUUAUCCGACACCCCAAAGUGCGGCGUCUCAUCGUUACAACUACAUGGGUGGAGGUUACAACCAUGAACUGCCGGUAUUGAACAGUCUACAGCAGAAUAGCUCUCGUUAUCUGUCGAAUAGCUUUAUCCCAGUGCACGUGCCCUCGCAUUCCAGGCACUAUCAACACAAUCUGUAUCAGAAUGUGCCCUUCCAUAGUCAUACGUACAGCAAUAGGCCUAAGUUUUCGAGGUACCAUCCGCGGUUGAUGCCACGAAGUUUAUCGAGAACGAUACCGGAGUUACGUUCUCCGAUGCUGAAUCUUAACCUCAGCACAACACCUCUCAGUACAACGCUGGAAGUUUCGCCACAGAGCUAUUCCAGUUCCAGUGGUUUCGGUAGCAAAAAUACCUCGAAUACGCUACCCAGCUUCCACCAUUCUCCAAGCAGUAAUCUGCUUCGUGAGUGGCGAUAUCUACCGCCGUAUCGACCACCUCCGCCACCGCCAAGUUUCUUCCCCCACUCUGCUCCACUUUCCUUUGGUGGAGGACGCUCGGAUCAUCCACCGUAUUCGAUGUCCCACUGGUUGGAGCUCAUCACAAGACUGAACAUAGCUUCGGAGAAGGCUAAUAUCAACAAUGCCGCCGAUGUAGGCAGCGUCGAUGGUCACUACGAAUUUGAUCCGUCGACGCCUACUCCGACAGCAUCGACUCCUACCGGUGGUAUCAUGCGGGAUGAUUUCCACCAUCUUAUGACGCUGCCGUCUACUUCGAAUGAUUUCCUCUGGAACGCAGCAGGCCUGUCGUUGGGAGCAGGAGGAGUAGCCGGUAGCUCGACAGUAACCAUGGCAAUGGGCCCAAGCGGAGUUCGAAAGCGCGGUCAAUCUAGGUAUGACAACAUCGACGCCCGCGUUGAAGCUAUGAAGGAGGAGUUCAACGAAUGGCGCAAGAGGCAACAACAGCAACAGACCAUCAAUCUGGACAGCAGCCGGAUGAUCGAAUUGGAAAGCUCCUGCUAAUAUCUCUGCGCUGCGGUCGUAACAACAAUACCAACAACGAAGGCAUGCUGCUGAAGGGCGAUACCGCAACCAUGUUCAAAAAACAAGACUCGACUUAUUCAAUAAUUAUAGCAAUAUUUCAAUUGAACAGCCGUUCCAGAUGGCUGCAGCAAGUAUAAACAAACACUAGGAGAAAACACAACCGAUAAGAAACAGAACAAAAAUCAAGCUAGAUGAAGUAAUCGAGUAAUGAUCGUGCUACGACGAAACACACGUGUUAAGACUUUUAUAAUAGUUAUGUAAAAAAUUGAAAUGAUUGUGAUUAAAGUAGACAUUUGAAUAUAAUAAAAACAAACCAAUUCGUGCAUGGUGACAGAUCGAAGUUCGUAGAAACACAAAAAUGAAUACAUAAAUCAUUCAAUGGAGAACAAAUUUAGGAACAAAAAAAUAUGCAAAACAAUUAAGAACGCGCGAUAAUUUUAUCAGGUAAUUCGUUCGAAAAAAUCACGAGAAGGUUGCAGAGGAAAAAGAUUUGGGUGCCUCGACAGAAAUACAGACUCUACAGUCCUCCCGCAGAUUGACGAGGGCGUCUACAUUUGGGCGUUUUAUAUUUGAUUUUUCUUGUGAACAGGUAGCAAGAAAUAGUAACAUAAAAUGUCCGAUGUAGACUCUUCCAAUUUACAAACUAGUUAAUCUAGGACGUUUGUUAUUUCAAAGGCUAUUAAUUUAUCGAUUGAAAACCAAAAACCAACCGCACUCAGAGAUUGUUUUGGUUUUUUUUUUGUAUCUUUAUGUUUCUUAUGGGACUAAUCAUCUUCGCCUCGUGUUGGAGCGAGUUAAGACUACCAGACUUCAUUUUUCGCAUCAACCAUCUUUUGAUUCAUUUCGACAUGUAACAAGUAAAUUCUUCACGGAGGUUUGAAAACAUUCUUAUUGAAAGCGCAGUGGACCGUAUUUUUGAUUGAAUUAGGGGACCGUUGAAAGUCCGAAGACACAAUUUACCGGAUGUUAAUUGGAUAAAAUUUCACAAAUAAAAAGGCACUAAUUGUUCUCUAUUUACACCAUUUACACUUGAACUUAUUUGUAGGAAUCAUAACUCAAAGUAGGAAAGAAAACUUAACUUGGAAGAAAUUAAUGGAGGAAGAAAAAAUUAACUUCGCAGGAACUCACUUCAACUCGUUGGAAUGAAUCUUGAGGAGGAUUUUUUAACUUCUUCAGGAGCCACGUCUUAACUGGCCGGAAACUUGAAUGGAUCCGAAAGGUAUGACUAACACGCAGAUUGCUUGGAUGAUCGAUUUAUUCACAAGUACAAACGCGUGGACAACGGAGUUGUUGCAUUUGAAUGGACAAAAACACACAGAAGAGCAGGCGUUGAUACUUCUUUUCGUUGGUUGCUCAAUUGUGACGUUGCCAAUUCUUCGAGUUUGGCUCGAACACUUAUGGAAAAUACUGGUAGCAUUGACGUAUUUUGGAUGAAACGUUGUUCAAAAACAAAUCCAUUUUCGAUAAUCCACGUUUUCUUUUAUCUUUCGAACUUGCUUCAGCAAAAAAUGUUCUGGGUGUUUCGUGGUGUAAUUGGCUAACGCGCUGUUUUACUGAAGCGGAAAUUGCGGGUUCAAGUCCCGUCGGUGAGCCGUUGUAACUUUUCGAAAAAUUUAUGAUAUUUUCGGCUUACGUUCUUCCUUUCUUUCUUUGAUAUCUCAAGUUUCUCCAAUACCUUCCAUCACCUUUGAAAAUGUAACAUUUUUCCAUUACUAUUGUCACUUCUCCCAAAGGCAUGAAAUAUUAAAAUUUUCUUCCAGCCAUCUCUGAGUGUGCAGUAACGGAAAACAGUCUUAAUAAAAAGUUCUCCAGUUUAGGCAAUCCGUUACUUUUAAUUAAUCGAAAAAAAAAAUCUUUUUCUAUGAAAAACAACACAACUUACAUCGUAAAGGAUUUUAAAAGAAAAAAAAAACUAAGCAGUUCACAUACACAACUAAACAAGCGAACACUGCAUGCCCAUUACAAACAAAAAAAAACAACAACAACAAGAAUACCAGCACCAUCUAAAAAAAAUCACACCAACUCUACCAACAACCAAAAUGAAAUAACAAGUAAACAACUUUUUCAUUAGAUCUCACUCAGGACACUCUCAAGCAUCCAUCGCCCAUGCCCUGCUCUGGGGUCGGACGGAGAUUGUCCAUUCUUCCGCACUCAUUCACAAAAUAAAAAAAAAAUCAAUCCACACUGAGUAAAACCAAACUAAUGGUAACAUAAAGAAUGAACACAAACAAAAUGUUAUGAAGGUAAACAAAAACACAGUAGGCAUACUAUCAAUAUUUAAUGUUCUUGAAACCAACAAUAUUCGCUAAUAUAUACAACAACAAUGACGAAGGAGGAAGGCUAGGGAGCAGAAUAAGAAGUAAUGAAAAUAAGUAAGGUUAUGAAAUAACGAAAAAAAAAACAAUUACGAAGCGGAAUAUAUUGUUGAUCGGUUGGCGAACGACUGUGUUUACGAACCGAACUGCAAUCGGUUCUGCUAUCGGCGAAAACAUUCAUUCUAAACUAGUAAAGGCAAGAAUUAAAGAAUUAAAAAAAAAAAAAACAAGAAACAAAUUCAGCGCGAGAGAGCAAGUUAAUAAGUCGAUAUAAUUAUUGAUGAAAAACUAUUAGUAAUAGCGUCAAACACGUACACACAAACACACUUAAGCGAAUGAAUAGAAAGAGAGAGGUGAACAUGAAACAGUGAUGAUGGAACCAGUGGAAAAUUGGAAUGGUCGAACGUUCGAACAGCAUAAGGUUUAUAUAGUUUAAUGAUUAUUUUACUUACUAUAAGAUCUUAUUUUAAGCGAAGUAGUGUGUAAGUAAUUAAAAGGAAAAAAAAAAGAUUAAUUCUAGUAGAGAAUAUAUACGAUCAAAGAGCGGUCGGUGGCGUAAAAUACAUAAAGAAUAAUAGCAAAAAAAAAAUCAAAAUAAAAUCGGCCAUUUUGCGUUGCAUCGCUAAAUUAAAGUCAGCGUUUGCUAGAUUCGUCAAAACAUUCCCCCCGGGAUGUUGCUUUCUCUUGUUGAUUUUUAUUUGACAGUGAUUAUUUUCCGUAAAAUUUUCAUGUACGAAUUGCCAUAAUUUUUAAUGGCUAGUGUGGAAGCACGUAUGAAAAUUUCAGAUUUACUUUAGUUUCCGGUUCACUAAUUCAGCUGACCUUACGAGAAAACUAUCAAAGAAACAUUGCGCUUCUUUACACGUUCUUUCUGAAAUCUUCUCAAAUUCUUAUUCCUUAUUCCAAUGUUCAUAAAAAUUCGAAUCUCUCAUCGUACAGAACCAAUCAAUCGAGUUUGAGAUUAGUUUCUGCCGACAAUAUAACGAUGUUUUGGUUUUUUAUUUUCUCAAAAAAGGAAAAGCUCAGUUAUUUGAAUCCGCGGAAACGCAUCCAAAGAUUUAAUUUUUAGUUUAGUUAUCGGAAUCGCUCUAAUUUCAGAUGUUUUCCAUCUGUCGAAGUUUACAAAGAGUCUUCGGAGCCAAUUUCAUUCAAUGCACGCAAGAAAAAAAACAGAAAAUAAUCUAGAACAAAUUUCGAGUAAGAUAAGUAUAUGAAUCCUGUUGAUAGUUCUUAUUAAUCUUAUAAUUCGUAAAUCACAAUAAAACAAUUGAAGAUAUCUUCAUGAGACAGGCACGCGUUUGUAAGGAAACGAUAGAAAAAAAAAACGAAAAUCUGAAGUGUGUAAAAUUUCAAAGUUCAGUAGAAAUCAAUCAGUAUUCUGCGUUGUGAGAAAAUCGAGUUUAUUUUGUUUUUGCUUUCCUGCAAAGGUGCCAUGAAAAAUGACUAACUUAUCAAAGUAGGCGAUGAUACCUUUUCCCCAAUUCCAACUUUUUGUUCUACAAUUUUGACCCAAGCCUACUCAUUGUUCUUGAAUCCCUAAUCUUUCAAACUGGUGCGAUUAGAACGUGUCUAACCGCAUUUAGGUCCUUCGAUUUGUUGCAUUAGGAAUUCACAAGAUCACAUAAAAAAUCACGUCCUUCGUAAAAUAAAAGAUGCAAACUGGUUUCAACAAAAGCACACAUACAAACAACGUAACGGCAACGGUAAUUUUUUUGAAAAGUAUUCACUAAUUUUUCGGAACAAACUAGAAAAAAAAUUCAAGUCGAAAAAACGGCGACCGGAGAGUCCAAACAUGCAUUAAAACAAAAAAAUCUAGCGUCGUUUGUGUUAGCAAUUCAAAAAAAGCAUUCGUAGCAGAGAUGAAAAAAAAAUCAAACUACGAAAACCAUACCAAAAAGAAGUUAAGCAAUCGAACAGCUAUCUAAAACGUUGCCAUUGAAAACAAAAUCAUAAAACAAGAAAUAGCUGUAAUUUAAUAGUCGAGGAUCAAAACAGAACAAACAAAAUUCGUAAUAAGCAAAUCGAAACAUUGUAAAUAGUUCCCCUCUUUCCUCCAAGUCCCCUAUUAAAGUUUGGUCUUUUGAUUUCUCUAGCAAAAAAUAAAUUCUAGUUUCUGCACCUUGAGACAUGUAAAACGCAAGGAAAGUCAAACUUGAAGUAAACCUAUUAACAACUUCUCAACUAAAACUCAAAGCAAGAAUGAAAACGAUACUGAGAAAAAUAAAGAAAGCGCUGAUCGAAGAGACACACACACACAUUCCAUUAGCUUCUAGUUUGUACGAAGUAAGACUUAGAAUUGAACAAAUAACAAAAAAAAAACAACACAAUUGAAAAUUGAAACCCAACACAAAAAUCUUGCCGGAAUUAUUAACAAAUGAAACCAGAGAGAUUAAUACUUGUAUAACAUGAUCGAAAAGUAUGUCCGGGAGAGUUCACGAAAGAAGAAGAAGGCAAAAAAGCCGAAAAGAAUAGCAGUAACAAGGAACAAUUAGAUUUUCUUUUGCACCUCUCCAAUGUUGAACAAAACCAGAAAAAGUUGACCUGUUUUUUUUGUAUCGAUUGACUGUUUUUUAUGUUUUGAGUCUCGAUAGUUUAAAGUAGCAAACAGAGCUGAUAGAGGAUAUUAACAAACAAAAAACUGCAACUUUUGCAAAUUACUACAGAACAAGAAAAAAAAAACAAUGAUAACAAAAAUUGGGCACAUGUGAAACACAAACUCACACACUCAUUAACAGAACCUGCAGAAUCCGAAAUAUGAAAACAGUACACAUUUAAAUUAUUGCAGCGAUUUUAUAAUUUACAAAAAAAAAAUGCAUAACAAAACGAGAGAUAGGUAUAAAUAUGCGAGAUGAAAGAAUAUUAGACGUGGCGUCGAUUAUUUAUUGAGAAUGAGAACUUUUAUUUAUUUAGAAGCAAUUAAAAACGAUAUUUUUAUAUUUUAUCAUAGAAAUUUAUGUUUCAGUCGUUUUUUACGUUUUAGCUUAAGUUUUACGAUGUAAAUGGAUAUGAUUUUUAAAAAAGUAAAUAAAAAUUAAAAAUUUAA